GUGGUGAUGGUAGCUCACGCCAUCAUGUCACGCAGGUAGAAAUGGUACGCAAUUGAAUUGUCGUAUAUCAAACAAUCAACCCUAUGCAUGACCGAUCCUUCGAAUGAUCGAGUGAUACCUCCACAUUGUCCGUCCACUCACCCCUUCUACCCAACAAUCGAGAAAUCGAGAAAUCGAGUAACCGAGUGACAACCAUGACCUGGACCCACGACUUCACCUCGUCCCCCGAGGCCUCCCUCGCCGGCUCCCUCCGCAAAGACUUCUACUGGGGCUACGCGACGGCGGCCGCACAAGUCGAAGGCGCCUGGAACGCCGACGGCAAGGGCGAAUCCAUCUGGGACCGCUUCUGCCACACUCCCGGCAAAGUGCACGACGGCAGCACGAACGAGGACGCCGCGCGCUCGUACGACCUCUACAAGGAGGACGUGCAGCUCAUGAAGAGCUACGGUGUCACUGCGUAUCGAUUCUCGCUCGCGUGGUCGCGAAUAAUUCCUCUAGGCGGCGCGGACGAUCCAGUGAAUGAGAAGGGGGUACAGUAUUAUAACAACUUGAUUGAUGAGUUGUUGGCGAAUGGGAUCACGCCGUUUGUGACGCUGUUUCAUUGGGAUAUACCGCAGAUGCUGGAGGAGAGGUAUGGCGGGAUGUUAAAUCAGGAGAGGUAUACGCCGGACUUCUUGAGAUACGCGAGGGUGUGCUUUGAGAGGUUUGGCGAUCGAGUUAAGCAUUGGAUUACGUAUAACGAACCCGGCGUUUACACGUUAGCUGGCUACGCAGCGGGCGUCCACGCACCUGCCCGCUCAUCCUUCCGCGAGAGGAAUGAAGAGGGUGACAGCUCGACGGAGCCCUUCAUCGUCGGGCACACGGAGAUCGUGACGCAUGCGCGGGCCGCGAAGAUGUAUCGCGAGGAGUUCAAGCCGAGUCAAAAGGGGGAGAUUGGAAUUACGCUGCACGGGAACUACUCUGAGCCCUGGGAUGCAGAGGAUCCGGUGCAUGUUGCGGCGGCGGAGAGGGCGCGCGAGUUCGAGAUCGCGUGGUAUGCGGAUCCGAUUUAUGGGAGUGGGGAUUAUCCGCAGAGUAUGAGGGAUCAGUUGGGCGACCGAUUACCAACUUUCACUGAGGAAGAGAAGGAAUUGGUGAAGGGGAGUUCGGAUUUUUAUGGGAUGAAUAGUUACACGACUUUCUUCAUCAAAAACUUGGAUGGUCCUACGGACAUUAACGAUCACCUUGGGAAUGUGGAGAAGCUCGACACGAAUAGUAAAGGCGAAUCCAGGGGCCCCGAGUCGGAUACUUACUGGUUAAGGACGGCGCCAUGGGGCUACGGGAAGCUGCUGAGGUGGGUGUGGAAUCGGUACCAGACGCCCAUCUACCUGACGGAGAACGGGACCACGGCAAAGGGGGAGACGGAACCGUCUGAAGAGAUCCUCAACGACACGUUCCGCAUUGAUUUCUACAGGGGAUAUCUCAGUGAGGUGGCAAAGGCUGUACAGGACGGCGUGGACAUACGGUCGUAUUUCGGGUGGACGUUCACAGAUAACUGGGAAUGGGCGGCUGGAUACUCCGAUCGGUUCGGCGUGACAUACGUCGAUUUCGACACCCCAGAGAAGAAGCGGUAUCCCAAGCGGUCCGCGUACUUCAACAGGGACUUUUUCAAUCACCUCAUCGCGAAAGCGUGAGUCAAAGUCGUCUAGGAUAAUGAUGAGAACAUGAAUACUGGGUGGGAUUAGAAUGGUUGCAGAUGCCGGAAUUCGAUGGAUCAAUCCAACUUUAUAGAAGGGCAUAAGGUCUAUACUAGAACAGGGGGACUUAUAAUUUAGGACGAAAAAGGAGAAAAUAUCCUUUCAUCUUCGAGGUAUUCUAGAAAUGCUCCACACUCUUUCAUCAAGCAGGGGGACGAUUUCGACAGCUUAGAUCACUUGUUCUUCCAGGAAACAGAAAAACGGUGCUUCAAAAGAAGUGAAAGCUCAAGUUUGAUCAGCAAGCUCAAUUCAAAGUUGACUAUGGAAGGCAAUUCCAGUUGAUAGGAGAAAGAUAGUUAAUAUUGGUAUGUAAAGCAAGCGCGAUAUGCUAGAGUAUAUCGAU